UACUAGCGGGUGGGCCCGUCCCACAUCUCUCUGAUGGUCUCAUCAACCGACCAACCAUCCAUCCAACGGAACCUUUUCUAUCGGCUGGGGGGGCAUCACUUACGCAACCGGGCAAUCUCCGGCGAUUCACCUUCCGACUGAUAAUCUGAUGACUACAUCGGACGAGGAAGACGAGAUCCUGGCCCAGUUCCUUGAAUCUGAGGUUCUUGAUGUCUCCGUCCAGGAUGCGGAGGCAGAGGCAGAAGCAGUGGUGAAGGGAGAAGAGGAACCCAAAACUAAGAGAUUGAGGAUGGAAGAGCCAAUUGAGAAGGGACCCUGUUCCUCCUCGUCUUUUCCUCCUCCUUCAAUAAUGCAGCCGCAGUCAAAUAAUGAUAAUAGCAGUAAAAUAAUUUCGAGGAGAAUCGAAAGUGGAACUUUUAGCAAGAUUCCUCCAGAGCUUUUUCCUCAUAUACUCAAAUUCCUCUCUUCUGAGGAUCUUGUUGCCUGUUCACUGGUCUGUAGAUUUCUCAAUUUUGCGGCUUCGGAUGAGUCUUUAUGGCGUCGUCUCUACUGUAUGAGAUGGGGUCUCUUGCCCCCUACUUACAAAUUACGGGAAUCUGCAUGGAAGAAGCUCUAUAUUCAGCGUGAUGAAGAGGACAUGAUUGAACUUGUUAGGAACUGUCCCUCUGAGUUUAGAGAAUACUACAUUCAAAUGCAAGCAGCAAAAAGAAGCCAAGCCCCCCUCCCUUCUCAGCUUUUGAAGGUAAAAGACGACAGAAUAGUUCUCGACAGGACAGUUGCCGACCAGGUAUCAUUGUGGAAGAGCAGUAGGGGCCUGACUGAUAAGGUAGUGACUGACCAUACUUGCUCAGGAGAAACAUGUUCUUAUCACCAAAUUGGAGAUGUAUUUGUUUGUGAGAAGACUGGACAUGUUCACGUGUGUGAUGAUACAUGCAGAGAAGUCAUUAUGGAUCCUACCAAUGAGCUUCUUGUCUGUACAAUUUCGGGGCAUUGUUUUGAUAGAUUAUUGUCUCCUGCUGAAAUGGAACCAGAUCCUGACCAGCAACAAGGUGGUGUAACAGAUGAAGCAGAACCAUUUAUGGGGUCUGGACGUUUUGCGCGCGCUUACUUGCUAGGAUAUAAUUGCAACGACGAGGAGGAGCUAGAAGCUGCUUUGAGGAUUUGCUGAUCCAAAUCUUCUCCUUAUUUCAUUUGAAGGGCAAGAAAUUUCACUGAAUUCUCCAUUUGGUUAUUUCUUCAUUUGGUUAUCCAUUUGGUCAUUUGGUUAAAUAUUUGGUCAUUUCGUCAGUGUGUUCCUUCUUGCCUAAACUUCAUGGACUUUUGUUGUAUAGUUAAUUUAUGAUUCACAAUCACAGACACAGAGAUAUCAUAUGAGAGACUUAACCAUUGAACUUUAUGCGGA